AAGUCAUUGCUGGCUGCUCGCAGUCGAAAAUACGCUUCUUCCUGGAAGAAAAAAAAGUAAUAAAGAAAAGAAAAAAGAAGACGAAAAGAAGUCCGAGGGUGGAGUAAGAGCGCGCUCGUUCAUUUCCAAGCACUCCGUACAUCUUCAAAAGGUCACCAAAAAAGGCGGAGAAAACAUAAAGAAAGAAACAGAAAAGUAGAAAUCCAAUCUGGCGAAGCAAAGCCCCAGCACUGUACUGUAAUCUCUAGUGGGUUAGCCUUAUGACAGGCGAUGUGAGACGGUGCCUUGGUUGGAUUGGAACCCUAGAAAAAUUAGGUGGAAAGGGUUCCAUUAUGCUUGUGAAAUGAAGGAAUUAAGGGUAUUAAUCCCAAAUUCUUGUUGAUUUAAUUCUCCCAUUACACGUUUUCUUCACAGGACUAAGUUAUGGUUGGCUUCUACCUUCCGUGAUGGUUGAUUUUAUCAGUAUUAAAAGCAAUUGUUACUCUUGAGUUUUGACACAUUCAAAUGUGUCUAUAUUGUUACCUGGAAAUAAGAGAUGAGUGCCUAUAGUGCAUUGGAGAAUGUCCUUAAGGAGAUACUUCAAGCGGUCAAACCCGUGCCAGAGGAUUGGGAGAAACGUUCUAGAGUUAUUGAUGAAUUGCGAAGAGUUGUUGAAUCUGUGGAAAGUUUGAGAGGUGCAACAGUGGAACCGUUUGGUUCAUUUGUGUCUAAUCUGUUCACAAGAUGGAGUGACUUGGAUAUUUCUAUUGACUUAUACAAUGGUUCUUAUAUUUCAUCUGCUGGAAAAAAGCGCAAACAAAAUUUACUGGUAGAUGUACAAAUAGCUUUGAGACAGAAAGGUGGAUGGCGCAGGUUGCAAUUGAUCCCUAAUGCAAGGGUUCCAAUUCUAAAAUUUGAGAGCAGCCGCCAGAGCAUCUCUUGUGACAUGUCAAUUGAUAACAUACAGGGCCAAAUGAAGUCCAAACUUUUGUUUUGGAUCAGUGCGGUAGAUGGGCGCUUUCAUGAUAUGGUUCUACUGGUCAAGGAAUGGGCUAAAGCACAUGACAUAAAUAAUCCAAAAGUGGGGACUUUCAAUUCAUACUCUCUCAGUCUGCUUGUGAUCUUCCAUUUUCAGACAUGUGUCCCUGCAAUUUUACCACCUCUUAAGGAUAUAUACCCGGGAAAUAUUGCUGAUGGCCUUCAAGGUGAGAGAAUUACUGCUGAGAGGCAUAUUGCAGAAACAUGUGCUGCUAACAUAACAAGGUUCAGACAAGACAAAUUCAGACCAGUUAAUCGAAGUUCUUUGUCUGAACUUUUCAUUUCUUUCCUUGGAAAGUUUUCUGACAUAAGUUUGAAGGCCUCAGAGCUAGGAAUUUGUCCCUAUACGGGACAGUGGGAGCACAUAGAGAGCAAUAUGAGAUGGUUGCCCAAAACUUAUGCGAUACUUAUUGAGGAUCCUUUUGAGCAGCCAGCAAAUUCUGCGAGGGCCAUAAGCAUGAGUAAAUUGACACGGAUAUCUGAAGCAUUCCGGAUGACCCACUGGAGGCUUAUUUCAGCUAAUCAGAAUGAGGGUUCUCUUAUUCCUACCCUAGUCCGACCCGAAGUAUCACAAUGUAUUCCAAAAGCACCUGUUCAGAACCCAACUAACAGCAGGCGCUAUCAGUCCCACCCACCUCGUCCACAGGUGCACAGGAGUAAAUACUCCACUUCACAAGCUCAGCAUCAAUUUCAGAACUCGAGGGUAGAAAGCCGGUCCAACAAUACAACCCUGCAAAGAUCCAUCCUGCAAAAUCGCAAUCAAGGCCAGCAAAUAUGGAGGCCUAAAUCUCAUGGAUAGGUGUCGUCAGUUUCUGAUUAAUCAAACGGAUUUUCGCUGCAUAAUUGUUCAUCUUGAAAGAUGUAAUUAGCGCCAAGCUGUUUUGAUGUCGGCCAGGAUACAAUUGCUGGAUAAUAUACCCAACACCCGAAGCUGCAUCCUAAGCUGAUAAUGCAGGCAAUGAGGGUGUAAAAUGAA